UAUCUUACUCAGGACAGUAAUAAAUAAAAAAUAACAUUCAUUUAGUAUGAUCUCUCUUAUUUUGUUAAAAUGAUUCACAUUUUCACAGAUUCUGCAAGGUGUUCCCAAACUUUUGCAUGCCAUUGUAUGGCUAUCAAUCCAUUUAUGCGACUGGCUUUUAUUACUUCCCAGUUGGCUUAGUCAGCUAAAGAAAAGAGUACAUGACUGUGAUAAAAUCUUUUCUAGAAGCCCCGUGUUAAUGAUGAUGAGUUCCUAGUAAAACUGCACUCAAAUGGAGCGUCCCUCAGGGUUCGCAGGACACGCCCCCCGCGGCCUCUGAUUGGACCAGCGCUCCAUCACUCAGGAUUGGGAGUUUGUCAUUGACCGGAAUGCCUGUGGCUUUUCAGAGCAGCUGUGUGGAGAUGUAAGCGAGGAAGUCACCAAGCCCACCUUCGACAUGAGUGACUUCAGGUGAUUAAGGGACGGUUUAUUUAGCCUUAAAGAACUUGAAUCAGAUCCUUUCGCGUUGUUCCACAGGACACGAAGUGAUUUUGAUAGUUUUUCCAGGAUUCACGCGGUUUUUCGGACGCGUUCCGUGCGCGCUCUGGCGCAGAGGCGCCGCUGGAGAGUGCCUGAUGCGCGCUGGAGAAUAAUUAAAGGACUUUGCGCAAACGAACGCCACAUCUCAGUAUCACCAUGAGUUAGAUUAAACAUUUUCACCAACUUGAGACACACAUAAAGCACUUUUUUAGACAAAGGGAGUCCUUAACUGGAAGUUUUCAUGCAGGACGCAUGGAGGAUCCGGUGUAAAGGUGCUUGAAGGAUGCCGUCUCGUCCCGGGUUCAGGACAUCUGGCCGUUGGAUGCUGCAGUUUGUCCCUCACAUCUGAGAGCGAUGGCUUCUGAGGUGGUGUGUGGUCUGAUCUUCAGGGUGCUGUUGCCAGUGUGUCUGGCGGCAGCAUGUCUGUUCAGGUACAAUGGACUGUCCUUCAUCUACCUCCUCUACCUCCUCCUCAUCCCUCUGUUCCCCGAACCCUCCAGUGUAACCAUGCAAGGUUACACUGGACACUUGCUGAAGUCUUUAUGCUUCUGCAGUAUGACCUUUCUCUUCAUCCACAUCGUCUAUCAAAUCACCAUCCACAGUUUGCUGGCUGCAAACUCUAUCGAUUCUGAAUUCAACUGUUCAGCGUGGGAGAAGUCAAUACGACAGAUUGGUUUCGAGAGUGUUAUUGGUGCAGAUGCAGGCAAUGGUAUCCGAGUCUUCCUGCCGGACAUUGGGAUGUUCAUGGCCAGUCUGUCCGUGUGGCUGCUGUGCAGAAAGCUGGUCCACAAGCGUCCCAGUGAAGAAAUGGCGCAGGACAACCAUGACUUUGAGCCUGAGGAGAAGGAGGAGGAUGACGAGAAAGUGGAAGAUGAUGAUGAUGAGGAGGAGGAGGAGGAGGAGAUGCUCUAUGACGAGGACUUUGAUGCAGAAGACGAGGCAGAGGAAGAGGCUGUGGACGGAGGAGGUCUGGAGGAGGAAGAGGAGGAGGAGGAGGAGGAGGUGCAGGAGAGCACAAAGAUGAAGAUUCUGCGCAGAGUAGCAGGACUCGCAAAUAAACUCAAAGAGAUCAUCGGUAACCUCAUCACAACCGCUGGACAAGUGGUGGUUACCAUUCUACUGGGAUUAACAGGUGUCACGCUGCCCUCUCUGAGCUCAGCCGUCUACUUCUUUGUGUUUUUGGGGCUGUGCACGUGGUGGUCGCUCUGCAAGACCUUCGACAAGCUGCUCUUCAGCUGUCUGUGUGUCCUCAUGGCCAUCUUCAGUGCUGGUCAUCUCAUCAUACUUUAUUCCAACCAGUUCCAGUUCCUGCAGGAGGCCAUCAGCCUCAACGACAGCUACACCAGUGUGUUUGGCAUCUCCUCCAUCGUUCGAACCGACUGUUCCUCAACCUGGAAGCUUGCUGUCAACAGUGGUCUGAGCUGGCACCAUUUUGUCAAUCCCAUCAUGCUCUUGGUCCUGUACUACACACUGGCCACCUUGAUCCGUCUGUGGCUGCAAGAUCCCAUGAUCAUGCAAGACAGUGAGGAAGAGGAGAUAAAUGAGGGAAAUGAGACCGCGGGAAACAGCUUCGUUCACUCGUUGAUGGGGAAGCGGCUGCUCUGGUGGAAAGCGCAUCAGAAAACCGAGGAAAGAAAUCUAAUCUCCACUCAGGACGGGUACAGCACCUCGGAGGUAGCGGUGAUAAACUCAAACGGGACGUCAUUUGAUUAUGUCUCCGCUGUGCCCAUUGACAACGGACCGGUCAGUCUGGACAUUUACUCAACUCCUCAGUACAAAGUGGACCAGCCUGUUGAAUUCGAAGAGAAGAUGGAUGAAAACACGAAUGAGAUCUUGGACUCACAGCUGGAGGAGGAAGAGGAGAAGACAGAUGCAGAAGAGGUAGAGGAAGAAGAAGAGGAAGAGCAGGGUGGACCACCAGGAGCUCUCGUGAAAGUGUUCAAGUUCAUUAUGAAGCAGAGCUACAUCUGUGCUCUUAUUGCUAUGAUGGCGUGGAGUAUAACGUACGUGAGCUGGCUGACGUUUGUCUUUCUGCUGUGGUCCUGUACUCUGUGGAUGGUGCGUGACCGGAGGAAAUACGCCAUGAUGACCUCGCCGUUCAUGGUGGCCUAUGGGAACCUCCUGUUGGUCCUUCAGUAUAUCUGGUGUUUUGAGCGCUUGAGACCAGUGCCAGGUUUCUUUCUGAAGAUGGAGGUGCCCUUCACUGAACUGAGCACCAAGGUUCUGUGUCAGCUGAGUUUCUGGCUUCUGCUCAGACAAACUUUGAUGGAGAGACAACAGAAGAUGGAAGAGGAAGCAGCUCUUUGUGACGUCCAAAUAGAUGAGCAGAAAAAAGAGGAAGAAAAAGAGCAAGAGGAAGAGGAGGGGGACGAGAAUGACCUGAUGCAUGUGAUUGGGAAACUAGUGAUGGCUCUGCUGGUGAAAUACUGGAUCUAUGUUUGUGGAGGAAUGUUCUUCUUCGUCAGCUUCGAAGGAAAGAUGGUCAUGUACAAGAUCAUCUACAUGAUGAUGUUUCUGUCCUGCGUGGCUCUUUAUCAGGUGCAUUAUGAAUGGUGGCGCAGGAUCCUGAAGUACUUCUGGAUGUCUGUGGUGAUGUACACCAUGCUAGUGCUCAUCCUAAUCUACACCUGUCAGUUUGAUAACGCCAUCGCUACCUGGACCAGAAUGACGGGCAUAAGAGAAGAAGGACUGAAAGCCAUGGGUCUGGAGAAGUACAUCCUCUCUGAUCUGUUCACCCGUAUCUUCAUCCCCACGUCCUUCCUUCUGGUCUGCAUCCUGCACCUGCAUUACUUCCAUGACCGCUUCCUGCAGCUCACCGAUCUCAAAGCCGUCAUCAGCAAAGAGCAGAGCACCAUUUACAGACUGGCUCAUCCUGACGGGAGUCUGGCAGAUCUGACGAUGAUGAGCACAUCUCCAGAGCCGCUGCUGAAGGAGGAAAAGGAGAGAGAGUCCAUGGACAAGGUGCUGGUCGUGGACUGUGUGGAGGAGGAGGAGAAGAAGAAAGAGUCUCUGUCCAUCCAUUCAGCUCAUCUGUCCAGUCAGGAGGACAUUCAUCAGUUCAGUGCCACCACAGAUCCAGAACUGCCCUCAGAACAGAGCUCAGACCUCAAGAAUAAAUGGCACUUGGUGGUGGACCGGCUCACGGUCCUGUUCCUCAGGUUCCUGGAGUACUUCCACAAGCUGAAGCUCUUCAUCUGGUGGCUCCUGGAGAUGCACAUCAUCAAGAUUGUGUCCACUUACAUCAUCCUGCUCUCUGUUAAAGAGGUCUCGCUCCUGAACUAUGUGUUUUUGAUCUCAUGGGCGUUUGCGCUGCCGUAUCAGCAGUUUCGAGUUCUCGCUUCCAGCAUUUGCACCAUCUGGACAUGUGUCAUCAUCGUCUGCAAGUUGUUUUAUCAGCUAGAGACCAUCAGACCUGAUAACUACUCAAGUAUUUGUACUAUGCCAUUCAAUUACACAGAACAUCAAAAGAUGGAUAUGAAUUAUUCCCUACUGUACCGGAAGCCUGUGGAUCCGGCAAACUGGGUCGGCCUGGAGAAGUUUGUUGAUAUACUGCCCAACCUGAGGAAUAAUUUGUUGAUGUUGGCCAUCUUGGCGUUUGAAGUCACCAUUUACAGACACCAGGAGUUUUUCCGUCUGAGAAACAAACUCUCUCCUCCUCCGUCUCGGACCAUCUUUCAUGACAUCACCCGACAACAUCUCGACUACAGCAUCAUCAACUGCGCCAAAUACUUCAUAAACUACUUCUUCUACAAGUUUGGUUUAGAGGUGUGUUUCCUGUUGGCGAUCAAUGUGAUGGGUCAGCGGAUGGAUUUCUACUCCAUGCUGCACGGCUUGGCUUUGGCUGUGGUGAUGUACAGACGCAGGAGAAAAGCCAUUGCUGAGAUCUGGCCCAAAUACUGCUGCUUCCUGGCCUGCAUGAUCACCUUCCAGUACUUCAUCUGCAUUGGAAUCCCACCGGCUGCUUGUAAAGAUUAUCCCUGGAGGUUUCCUGAUUCCAUGAUGGAUUCUGACGUUAUUAAAUGGCUUUACCUUCCUGAUUUCCACACUCAGCCCAACUCCAUGUUCCUCGUCUAUGACUUCAUGCUGCUGCUGUGUGCGUCGCUGCAGAGGCAGGUGUUUGAAGAUGAAAAUAAAGCUGCGGUUCGUCUGAUGGCGGGAGAUAACGUGGAGAUCUGCCGAGACCUGGACGCGGCGUCCUUCAGCGUUCACAACCCCGUACCAGACUUCAUUCACUGCAGGUCAUACCUGGACAUGCUGAAGGUGAUCAUGUUUAGCUACCUGUUCUGGUUCGUCCUGACCAUCAUCUUCAUCACCGGCACGACUCGGAUCAGCGUCUUCUGCAUGGGUUACCUGGUGGCGUGUUUUUACUUCCUGCUCUUUGGUGGCGAUCUCUUGCUCAAGCCAAUCAAGAAGAUCCUCCGUUACUGGGAUUUCCUCAUAGCUUACAAUGUCUUCGUCAUCACAAUGAAGAACGUGUUUGCUAUUUUGGCAUGUGGUUAUAUCAAGCAUUUGGUGAAGAAUAGCUGCUGGUUGGUUCAGCUGCUCAGUCUUGCCUGCACCAUAAAAGAAUACAAAGCUCUUGAAGGCGUGUCUUUAGAGGGAUGUGAGGUGCCGAGGGACGAGGCUGGGAUUAUCUGGGACAGUAUCUGCUUUACGUUCCUCCUGCUGCAGAGACGUGUCUUCAUGAGCUACUACUUCCUGCAUGUGGUCGCAGACAUCCGCGCCGGACAGAUUCUCGCAUCUCGAUUUAGAGAUUCAGUGGUGAGAAGUGGUGAUUAUUACCUGUUUGAAACUGACAGCGAAGAGGAAGAGGAAGAGGAGGAGAAAAAAGAAGAAGAACUGCCCAAGAGAUCAGCCUUCCUGCGAGCGAUCAGAAAGUUUGCUUCGGCCCUCGUGGCUUUACCAAGAUCUAUCAUUAAACUGCCCAAAACUGUUCUGCAGUAUUUAAUCAGGGCGGCCAAGUUUUUGUAUCACACCUGGAUCGCUGACUCUAAAGCAGCCCUGAAAGAAAGAGGCAAAGGGAGACGUCAUUUCUGGAAGCGAUACGGCCGCAGACGUAGAAAAGACAAGAAAGAAGGUCAUGUGGCGAUAGAGAUCGGUGAAGAAGAUCGUCAGAGUUCAGAGGAAGACAAAACGGAUGGACCAGACAACAUCAUCAAGAGGGUCUUCAACAUCAUCAAGUUCACCUGGGUGCUGUUUCUGACCACCGUUGAGAGCAUCACCAAGUGGCUGAACUCCGUCUGCAGAGAAUACAUCGACAUCUCCACCGUUCUGCGCAUUGAGCGCUGCAUGCUGACCAGAGAAGUCAAGAAGGGAAACGUGCCGUCCCGCGAGAGCAUCCAUGUGUACUACCAGAAGCAGAUGAAACUGAACGGAUCUCGUGAAUCUGGACUGGACCGGAUCAGUGAGGAGGAUUCCUGCUCGAACAGAGCGCGCCGCAGACGAGUCGACCACAGUCUGGAUUCCUUCGCUUCCAGAGACAGCAUGUCCAGCGCAUACACUGAAGCCACCAUGCUGUUGUCCUGUCAGUCCACUCUGGAUGACUUAGACGACAUGCCUCAGAAUAUUCCCAAAACCAGCGAACGCGCUCGUCCCAAGCUGCGCAAAAUGUAUGGUCUGGACAUGUCCAACUCCUCUGCGGACAGUGGAAGCAGCGUCAUGUCCAGUGAAGCUACUCAGUGCAUCACACUGUUCUCUCGGCAAGGAACCAACGACACUAUAGACGAGGUCGAGGACGAGAAAGAACAGGUGCAGGUGAAAGAGGACGAAACCGCAGAGACUGUUGAGGACAAACCAGAGACAGCAGAUCACGAGGAAGUGAAAGAGGGAGAAGUGAAACAGGAAGCAGCGAAUGAGCUGGAAGAGGACGAGACACAGGAAGCGACAGGUGAGCUGCCAGAAGAAGAGAAGCAGGAAGAGACAGAUGAGCCAGCAGAAGAAGAGACACAAGAAGGGACAGAUGAGCCAGUAGAGGAAGUGACAAAAGAAGAAACAGAUGAGCUGCCAGAAGAAGAGAAGCAGGAAGAGACAGAUGAGCCAGCAGAAGAAGAGACACAAGAAGGGACAGAUGAGCCAGUAGAGGAAGUGACAAAAGAAGAAACAGAUGAGCUGCCAGAAGAAGAGAAGCAGGAAGAGACAGAUGAGCCGGCAGAGGAAGCGACAGGAGAUGUGGAAGAGGAAGUCCAAUGGGAUUUAGUGUAUCCAGAGGAAGCAGUUGAAGAUGUUCAGGUUCCUCAGCUGGAUCGAGAGGAAGAGCAGUACAUUACUGAAGAUGAGGAUGGUGAACAGCUGAUCCGACAGGAUGAGGCCGAAUCAUCAGGCCCGGAGAACGUGGUCAGUGGACAGCUUUUCACCCCGGACACAGACGCCCCCAACACCUCGGACGCUGAUGUGCCGCCCAGCUACAGCAAAGCCGUGAGCUUCGACCGCCUGUCUGUGAGCUCGGACGAAAGUGACAGUGACAAACGGCUGAUGCUGAUGACGCCCGACAGCAGAUCCGAUCUGGACGACCCUCUGCUGCCCUCCAUGACCACCGAUCUGACCGCCAGCGAACUGCUGCUCAACAAAAUGUUCUAUGAUGAGGAGCUGGAGAACUCUGAGCGUUUCUAUAAAUCGCAACCGCUCGGGCUCCAGCUGUGUUAUGCUCUCUAUAACCUGCUGGUGGCGCACUCUGAGAUGGUCUGUUUCCUGGUCAUCAUCCUCAACCACAUGAUCUCGGCUUCCAUGGUGACACUGGUGCUGCCCAUCCUCAUCUUCUUGUGGGCGAUGCUCUCUGUUCCUCGGCCCAGCAAGCGUUUCUGGAUGACGGCCAUCGUGUACACAGAGGUCACCAUCGUCAUCAAAUACUUCUUCCAGUUCAGUUUUUUCCCAUUCAACCAGAACCUGAAAGUCAACGAGGGGAAGCCAUACCAUCCACCCAACAUCAUCGGCACAGAGAAGAAAGAAGGAUACGUGCACUAUGACCUGGUUCAGCUGCUGGCGCUGUUUUUCCACCGAUCCAUAUUAAAGUGUCACGGUCUCUGGGAUGAAGACGACCCUAAAGCGUCCCAUAAGGAUGAGGAUCUUCAUCGGGACGAUUCUGUGGACGAGGGGAAGAUGGCGGUGGCGAUUCCACCUGAAGAAGAGAAGAAGAGUUCUCCAGCGUACUCGCUCAAGUCCGUGAACCUCGGCAGGUCCGUGGACUCGUCCCAGGUCCAUGUGCAGAUACUUUACCCUGAGCAUCGGCCUCACCUGCGACGGCAGAGCACUUGCGGAUCUCACCUGUCCCACCGCUCAUCUGUGCGCUCCAAACGCGGCAGCACAAGCACACGGAACAGCGUUCAUAGAGAAAACAGCACCACAGAGCCAGAAGUACCACAGAAGAGCCGCAAAGAAAUGAUUAUGGAGAAGAUCCGAGAGCAGCUCAUCAAAGCAAAGGUUUAUGUGAUCAAAAAAUUGGUUGAGUUCUAUCAGCCCAUCCGUCAGUUCUUCUUUAACCUGAUCCACCCGGAGUACAACGCCGUCACAGACGUUUACGUCUUGAUGUUUCUAGCAGACACUGUUGAUUUCAUCAUUAUUGUCUUUGGCUUCUGGGCCUUUGGGAAACACCAGGGAGGUGCUGACAUCACAUCCUCGCUGUCUGAAGACCAAGUUCCCGGGCCGUUCCUCGUCAUGGUGCUCAUCCAGUUCGGCACGAUGGUGGUGGAUCGCGCCCUGUACCUUCGCAAGACAGUGAUGGGAAAAGUGAUUUUCCAGGUCGUCCUGGUGUUCGGCAUCCAUUUCUGGAUGUUUUUCAUCUUACCAGGAAUGACAGAGAGGCGCUUCAGUCAGAACACGAUCGCUCAGCUGUGGUACUUUGUGAAAUGCAUUUACUUCGGCCUGUCAGCGUAUCAGAUCCGCUGUGGAUAUCCGACUCGCAUCCUGGGAAACUUCCUCACCAAGAGCUACAACUACGUCAACCUCUUCCUCUUCCAGGGGUUCCGUCUGAUCCCGUUCCUGACAGAGUUGCGUGCAGUGAUGGACUGGGUUUGGACGGACACGACGCUCAGCUUGUCUAGCUGGAUCUGUGUGGAGGACAUCUACGCUCACAUCUUCAUCCUCAAAUGCUGGAGGGAGUCUGAGAAGCGUAACCCUCAGCCACGCGGCCAGAAGAAGAAGAAGGUUGUGAAGUAUGGAAUGGGCGGCAUGAUCGUGAUGCUCCUGAUCUGCAUCGUUUGGUUCCCGCUGCUCUUCAUGUCUCUGGUCAAAUCUGUGGCAGGAGUGGUCAACACCCCGCUGGACGUGUCCGUCACGCUCACGCUGGGAGGACUUCAGCCAAUCUUCACGAUGAGUGCCCAGCAGAACCAUCUAAAAACUGUGUCUCCUGCAGAGUUUGCCGAGUUUGUAAAAAAAUACAGCUCUGAUGCAAAUGCCUUGCAGUUCCUGGAGUCUUAUAUUCCUGAGGAUUUGACAAUAGCCCAACUAGAAGGAAGUUCCAACUCGCUCUGGACCAUCAGCCCCCCAAGCAAGGAGAACCUCAUUAAAAUGCUCAGUAAAUCAACUGAGACGUUCCCUCUCACCUUCGCCUGGUCCAUACAGAGGAACCUCAGUUUAGGUGCCAAAGUUGAAACUGCAAUAGGGAAACACUACAUUGACUUGGACGAAAUUACCAGAACUAAACUUACAAAUCUACUGAAUGGAACUGAGCAAAAAGAAGUGAACAUCGCAAACAUUUUUCCAAGAUACAUCAGAGCACCGAGCGACUCCAAUGCCAAGCCUAUUGAGCAGCUUUACCUCGGGAAACAAUACAUGAACAUCACACUGUCCUUACAUAAAUCCAACCAAAACAGCACAGAAGGCCUCCAGGAGUGGUGGAUCGUGAAACAGACAGAAAGAGGGCCUAUAUCUUGGAGGGAUGGAAGCGAAUCUGGCCUGGAGCUCUACAUCAUCAGUGACCAAGUCAGUCCACCCAGUCUGGGCUUUCUGGCCGGUUAUGGGAUCAUGGGUCUGUACAUGUCAGUGGUUCUGGUUAUCGGGAAGUUUGUGCGCGAGUUCUUCAGCGGGAUCUCUCACACCAUCAUGUUCGAAGAGUUGCCCAAUGUAGACCGGAUCCUCAAGCUCUGCACCGACAUCUUCCUGGUCCGAGAGACGGGGGAACUGGACCUGGAGGAAGACCUGUACGCCAAACUCAUCUUCCUCUACCGCUCUCCAGAAACCAUGAUCAAGUGGACCAGAGAGAAGAGUGAGUGAGUGAGGAUGAGGACGCUGACCUUCGGAGGAACUCCAAACGAACCAUGAGAAGCGUAAAGCGGGAAUUGUCCCUCCUUCCCAAAGAGCACAGUUGAAUUGAACCAGAGAAGCUUUGCUCUUCAUGUUAACUGAUGAAACGUUAGCACUCGUGUAGUUUUCAUCCAGUGGACGUGUACUUGCUAGUGUUUUUUAAGGGCUUGAUAAGUGAACUUUAGGGCUUCCAGGCAUGCGCCACUUUGAUACGACUCUCGUCUUUGGGAGUGCAUGCGACAUUAUGGACGUAGACGAGAAAUACUCAACCUACUACAGACUUUAGGCUUGAUUUUUAACUUCUCUCUGAAUUCCGAAGGUGAGAAACUGAAGCCCUGUAGGUGGCGCUGUGAAUUUCGUGACAAUCUCUAUUUGCCUUAUUUCAUUAGUACAAUCAACUAGACGCAUCAUUAUCCACCACCUUUCUCAGGAAUACAUUCGGAUCAUUUCAUCACAACGGGAUCUCAAGCUUUUUUCUCAUGUACGACGAAGUGUGAAGUGGAACGUAUGCAACAGUAAUAACU